CCUGUGUCAUGUCAAAAACAACAAAAGUAUAAAAGUAUAUUUUGUGUUUUCACUAUAAGUUUUGUAAAUUCAUCUAAUAUUGCGUCAAUAUCAUUUUAACAGUUAAAUUAUUGUGUAUUUGUUAGGGAGUUUGCUGCUUGCUUACCUGUUUGGGCGUGUAAUAUGGGUAUUUUCGGGAAUUCAUCCCCGUUUGAUCAAGAUGUCGAGAGGGCGACGAGCGAGAACAACACGAGCGAGGAGUGGGGGCUGAUCAUGGAGAUCUGCGACCGCGCGGGCGCGUCGCCGCAGAGCGCCAAGGACUGCCUGCGCGCCGUGCUGCGGCGCCUGGCGCACCCCGACCCGCACGUGCAGGUGCACGCCGCCACGCUGCUGGACGCCUGCGUGGCCAACUGCGGCCGCGCCUUCCACCUCGAGGUGGCCUCGCGCGACUUCGAGACCGAGCUCCGCCGCCUGCUGGCGCGCGCGCAGCCGGCCGUGGCGCGCCGCCUGCGCGCGCUGCUGCGCAAGUGGGCCGAGGGCGAGUUCCGCAGCGACCCGCAGCUCGACCUCAUCCCGUCGCUGCACGCCAAGCUCAAGGCCGAGGGCGGCGAGGUGGUGGCGGCGGCGGCUCCGACGGGCGGGGCGGGCGGCGCGGGGGGCGCGGGCGGCGCGGCGGCGGCGGCGCGCGAGCAGGAGGAGCUGGCGCGCGCCAUCGCGCUGUCGCUGCGGGAGGCGGGCGGGGCGGGCGCGGGCGCGGGAGGGGCGGGGGCGGGCGGCGCGGAGCCGGCGCCGCUGUACCCGCGCGUGGAGGCGGAGGCGCCGGCGCCGCGCAAGGUGCGCGCGCUGUACGACUUCGAGGCGGCCGAGGACAACGAGCUCACCUUCAUGGCGGGCGAGAUCGUUCACGUGACCGACUCCAGCGACCCCAACUGGUGGAAGGGCCACAACGAGCGCGGCGAGGGCCUGUUCCCCGCCAACUUCGUCACCGCCGACCUCAGCGAGCCCCGGCCGGAAGCGGAGAGCGGCGCGCCGCGCGUGAAGUUCGCGGAGCCGGCGCCGGCGGCGGCGGGGGUGGUGGUGGGGGGGACGGGGGCGGGGGCGGGCGCGGCGGAGGCGGAGGAGGAGGCGCGCAUCGACGAGGCGACGAUGGACGCGGCGCUGGCGCUGCUGCACGAGGCGGACCCCGAGGCGGGCGGCGCGGCGGCGCGCGCGGCGGACGCGGCGCUGGCGCGGCUGGAGGCGCGCGUGCACGCCAUGGGCCCGCUGGUGGACGCGGCGCUGGAGCGCGCCGACCGCCGCCACGCGCGCCUGACGCAGCUCAGCGCCGAGCUGGUGGACGCGCUCAACCUGUACCACGAGCUCAUGCGCGACGCGCUGCGCCCGCCCGCCGCCUACCCGCCGCCGCCGCCGCCGCACCACGCGCCGCCGCACGCCUACCCGCCGCCGCGCUGCUGACUGCUGAGCGCGCACCGUGACGUAUAUUACUCGUAUUCGACAUUUGAAGCGUUCGAAAAUUAGUGAGAUGAUAAAUAUAUUAUUAUUGUAAAUAAUGCCUGAAAUAUAUUAUUUGAGUUUUAAA